AUGGCCGCCCCUCCCUCGAAAACUCUCCAGUCCCUCUCUGGAAACUGGAAACUAAACAAGUCUUGCUCUGAUGACUUCGCCUCCGUACUCGCGCUUCAAGGCGUAGGCUUACUCGUCCGCAAAGCAGCCACCGCUGCAUCCAUCCACCUUAAAAUUACUCAAUCUGACGAGCAACACAUCAAAAUGGCCCAGUCAGUCACCAGCGGUAAAAUCGCCGGCACUACCGAAGACUACACGCUAGACUGGGAAUGGCGCAGCAACAAGGAUGCUUUCUUCGGGGAUGUAGCAGGUCGCAGUCGCUGGGUUAGUGUUGAGGAGGGUGAGAAGAGCGAAGUUGUAGGUGCCGGAGGUGGCGGUUGGAUCGAGGGUGACAGUAGUGGGAAACUUGUUGAAGCGCAAGGCAAGAAGGAAAGUGGGCAGUGGGAAGCUCAUCACCUAUGGGGGUUCGAGAUAGUAGAUGGGGAGAGGCGACAUACCAGACGCGUCUACGUGAAGAAUAACGAGGGGGAAGAGCUGAGAGUCAGGAUGGUGUAUGAUUUCGUGGAAGAGUAA